AUGGAGAGAGAGAACUACAACCGUGGCCGUGGUGGUGCUCGCGGCCGUGGUGAUCGCGGUGGUGGUCGUAAUAGUGGUGGCAGAGGUGGGAAUUACCCACAUCCACAGUACCAGCAGCAGGAUCAGUAUCAAGGUGGUGGUGAUCGUGGUGGUGGUGGUCGUAAUCGUGGUGGUGGUCGUAAUCGUGGCGGCGGCGGUAGGGUUGGGAAUUAUCCAGAUCAACAGUAUCAGCAGGAGGGACAGUAUCAUGGUGGUGGAAGAGGAAGAGGUUGGGGUAGGGGUCCCACCCAGACUGGUGGGGAACAGUGGGGUAUUAGGCCAAGUCACACAGAUCUGGGUGGUGGAGCUUACAGGCCACCAGCCCCACCACAAGGGAAUGUUCACGGUGUGGGGCCCACGAUGGAGGAGUCAACUGAAGGAUAUGGCAGAGGUGGGUAUGGUGGAGCAGCAGGUAGAGGAAGAGGAGUCUCGAGUGUGAGGCCUUCGACUCCCACUUUUGUGCCUGGUCAAUCUCAAUCUCAAUCUCAGUCUCAAGAUCGGUCUCUCUCUGAUAAGGUUCCUGAACAAACUCUUCCUGAUAUCGAGUUAUUAGAAAUUUCAGAACAGAAGUCUCGAUUGAGUUUUGUGGAAAGUACAGAGAACAGAGUUCUGCCCAUAAAACGGCCUGACAAAGGGGGCACGGUUGCUGUCAGGUCGGUAAGGCUAUUUGCCAACCAUUUUCCAGUCAGAUUCAAUCCAGAGAGCACCAUAAUGCACUAUGAUGUUGAUAUUAAACCAGAUAUGUCUCUCAGUAGUCGCUCUUCAAGAAAACCAAUUCCGAAAUCUGAUCUGCGUUUGAUCAGGGACAAGCUAUUCUCUGAUGAUCCCACCCGAUUUCCUUUGCAAAUGACUGCAUAUGAUGGUGAGAAGAACAUCUUCAGUGCAGUGUCACUGCCCACUGGGCAUUUCAAGGUGGAAUUGUCUGAUGGUGAUGACACGAAGAGUCGCUCGUAUAUAUUUACUAUUAAAUUAGUAAAUGAGCUCAAGUUUUGCAAACUAAAAGAGUACUUAAGUGGAAAUCUCCUUUAUAUCCCUCGUGAUAUAUUACAAGGGAUGGAUUUGGUAAUGAAGGAGAAUCCAUCUAGGCAUAGGAUCUCUGUUGGUCGGAGCUUUUAUUCUAGAGAAUUCAGGGUGGAAGAUGACCUUUACUAUGGUCUGGCAGCUUUUAGAGGCUUUCAACAGAGUCUAAAGGCCACCUCCCAGGGUCUAGCCCUGUGCUUAGACUAUUCUGUGUUGGCAUUUCGCAAGCGACUGCCAGUCAUGGACUUCCUUAAGGAGCAUGUUAAUGGUUUUCGAGAAGUAAAUGAUGUAAAAAGGUUAAUAAGAGAAGUGACAAGUACCUUAAAAGGAUUGAAAGUUACUGUAACUCACCGUGUGACCAAGCAGAAGUACACUAUUGCAGGCUUGACCAAUAAAAAUGCACGAGAUACUACAUUCAUUCUUGAAGAUCCAGAGGGCAAGCAUCAACCUAGGGAAAUUGGCAUUGUCGAAUAUUUCAGGGAGAAAUAUAACAAGGAAGUUAUCUAUAAGGAUAUACCCUGUUUAAAUCUAGGAAAAAGUAAUAAGAUAAAUUAUGUACCUAUGGAAUUCUGUGUUUUGGUUGAGGGGCAGAGAUACCCGAAGGAGCAGCUGGAUAGAGACACUGGCCUGUUCUUGAAGGAUAUAUCACUGGCUCCACCGAAGGAAAGAAAGAACAACAUCUGUGAGAUGGUUCGAGCUGGGGAUGGACCUUGUGGAGAGGUCGCUCGAAAUUUUGAUAUUGCAGUUGAGAGCAACAUGACAAGGGUGUUAAGUCGUGUCAUCCAGCCACCUGAUUUGAAGCUAGGUACUCCCAGUGGCAAGUUGAAUAUGGUAAAAGUUGACAGGGAGAAGUGUCAUUGGAAUCUUCUUGGGAAAUCUAUGGUUGAAGGCAUACCGGUCGAGCGAUGGGCCUUAGUAGAUUUCAGUUCAUUUGAUCGUUAUAAACUGAAUGUGGGGAAUUUCAUUUACAAUCUGAUAAAUAGAUUCAGAAAUCUAGGGAUCCGCAUGGAGGAGCCUGUUGCGUGUCGUUUAACCAGCAUGCGUGAAUUCUCUAGUGUCAAUGGGCUUCAAGAACUUCUUGAAGGUGUAGUUAAGGAGGCUAGUGGGAAAUGUAAGGGCCGAUUGCAAAUUGUUGUUUGUGUGAUGACUGCUAAGCAUCCCGGCUACAAGCAUCUUAAAUGGGUUUCUGAGACCCAGGUUGGAAUAGUUACUCAAUGUUGCUUGGCAAGUGAAGCAAACAAAGGUAAGGACCAGUAUCUUGCAAACCUUGCUCUCAAGAUUAAUGCCAAGCUUGGGGGUAGCAAUGUAGAACUUAUCGAACGGCUCCCUCGAUUUGAGGGUGAAGAACCUGUUAUGUUUGUUGGGGCUGAUGUCAACCACCCUGGUGCAUUGAAUUCAACAUGCCCAUCAAUAGCAGCAGUGGUUGCGACAAUGAAUUGGCCUGCUGCCAAUCGCUAUGCUGCUCGGGUUUGCCCCCAAAACCAUCGGAAGGAGAAGAUUCUUAAUUUUGGGACCAUGUGUUUGGAUCUAGUCAACACUUAUGCUCAGCUUAACCAAAUGAAGCCAAAGAAAAUUGUGGUUUUCCGUGAUGGUGUAAGUGAAGGCCAGUUUGAUAUGGUUCUCAAUGAAGAGUUACUUGAUCUGAAGAGGGCCAUAUAUGAGGAGCAUUACUGCCCAACUAUUACUCUUGUUGUUGCCCAGAAGCGACACCAGACCCGCCUGUUUCUUGAGAAUGAGAGGGAUGGAGGUGCAUCUAGAAAUGUGCCUCCAGGAACAGUUGUGGAUACAACAAUUGUUCAUCCCUUCGAGUUUGAUUUUUAUCUUUGCAGCCAUUAUGGAAGCCUUGGGACAAGCAAGCCUACGCACUACUAUGUCCUCUGGGAUGAGCACAACUUUACAUCUGAUCAGUUACAGAGGCUGAUAUAUAACUUGUGCUUCACCUAUGCUCGAUGCACCAAGCCUGUCUCGCUUGUGCCUCCAGUGUAUUAUGCUGACCUUGUUGCGUACAGGGGACGUAUGUUUCAAGAGGUGGUGAUGGAGUUCACGUCUCCUCCUUCAGUAUCAUCUUCAUCUUCUCGUGCAUCAUCAUCUUCUUCGUCUACUGCUUCACUUAACGAGAGGUUCUACAAACUGCACCCGGACCUCCAGAAUGUCAUGUUUUUUGUUUGAGCAGCCAACAUGGCUGUCUAUAUCUCCUCCCCUAUAACCCAGUAGCGAAGGAGAUUAUACCAUUCACUGUUGGAAAUGCCCAAACGCAAAUCAAAUCUCCUUUCCUAAGCACUAGUUAAGGAGUUUGUGCGUGAAUCUAAUGGGGUUUCAUGUGAACACUGUGCAUGAAUCUAACUGGGGUUCGUGUCUUUGUGCUGCCUGUUCCCAUGGUUCUUAAAGCCAUGUAGAACGAGAGGCUUGGUACAACCACUGUUAACUAGGCUAUGAGUACUGUGUGUUUUCUGGAUCUUUGUGUGUGUUUGAGGUCUUCUUUAUCUUCCAUGUGUGUUGAGCAGUUGUAGGAUCAUGAUGUACUGGGUUUGAUGUGUUUGUCUGAAUGUGUUGCUCAAGCUAUGGAUAAUAAACAAGGGACCUGGUCCUUGGGUUGUUUUUCAGAAUAAAAUUUAUGUUUGUAUUUUUUUUGUUUUUGGAAAUCAUUUUUUCUUUUUUAAAAAGGUAUUCAUAUGAAAAUGCUCUGUUAUGCUUGAUUCCGU